AUGAAGCUUCAGCUGCUGUGCCUGUUCUCCCUCGUUUCUUCCGUGCUGGCCUCGAAGGGCGCUGGCCCCUACCAGACCGUUUUCUUCUGGUACGCCUACCGCAUGGAAAUCGAGGCGUUUGGCGAAGCCACCGUGAUCGCGCCCAAAUGCCCCAGCCCUUGCGAUUUCGACACGUUCAUCAAAUACAUCCAGAAAGAGCCGAAACUGGAUCGAAAGGGACGGCCGAUCGGGAAUAUCACUCCCUUCACGGGCAGCACUGGCAUCGGCAACAACCUCGAGCCAGACGUCGAGACCGCGGUCGACAAGCUGAAUGCCGUGGGCUACCAGAGCGUGAAUUCGGUGAACAAACUCCUGCCUGGUACCUUUCCCAACGACGAUCGAGCGCCGGGAUUACCCUUGAUCCUCGACCCUAUGGUGCAACGCAUCCAGGAGGCUCGCCAAAAGCUCGGAAACAACGCGAAGGCGGCCUCGAUCCUGUCGAAACUGCAAGAGUGCAUGGCGGGCGUGUCUUCGGCCCGGAAGCAGGAAAACGCCAAGAAUAUCAUAGAUGCCUUCAAUAAGGAGAAAGAUAAGCGGAAAUACACCUUUGAAACCAAAACCAUGACAAAGGAGUCUAAGGACGGCACCAAAUAUACGGCGCUGGACACGGAGCAGAUGCUCGCGGACAACCAGAACGCGAAGGAGAAUGUGAAGAAGUUCAUCCAGAACUUCGUCACCGAUUACAACUCGGGCAAGAUACAAGGUGCCAACAACCCAAAGGGCCAUUUCAUCGCCAUCGAGGCUUGCGAGCAGGUGAGGAACACCCUGGAGUCGCCCCUGCCGUGCACGUAG